AUGCCCAUCUGCGUCUACUGCCAGUACACGCUCACUCACGCAGCCACCAUGUACUCAGAUGUCGAUAUGCGUGUCGAGCUGUGUCCACGCUGCUCGCGUCUGGUCGACCCGUACAUUGGCAAACGCAACAUCAGUCUGCUGGCGGAUCUGGUCGUGCUCAAGCCAGGUGUUCUCCGGCACCUCCUCUUCAACAGACUGAGCCAGGUCGCUUUCUCGGAGCGCUACAAGAGCGUUGUGAGGGGCAGGGCGGGUGAGCACAACGCGCACGCACACGCACGCACAAGCACAGCCAUCACUCCACGCUUGCAGCUCUUCAGACUCGGCGGUAUUCUCGUCCUAGCUGAUGCCUUCGUGCAGUGGGUGCACAGCCUUACACCGCUGAGUGGGAUAAGCGCAACAUCCCACACGUCCUUCCUCUCAUUCCUCUUUCGCGCAUUCGUAGACGCUGUCGCUUACCACAUAGGCGUAAUCCUCGCCGUGCGCUGUCUACACCCCAAAUACCCCACACUCUCCCUCCCCUCCACUCAAAUCAGCCUCGCUAUUCUUUACUCAAGCUUCGCUAAGCUUUUUCUCCUUCUCCUGCUCGUCAUUGCCGAUCCGAGUGGGGGUGCCGAGCGCACCGAUAAGCGUGUUGGAAUGCCCAAUGACUUUUUAAGCUAUAGUACUCUCACCGACCCCACAAAACACUCCGUUUGGCUCAUUUUCUCGGCUCUCGACGACGAGUCUAUCGAUAGAGCGUACGUCGUUAACACGGUCGUCGGUGGCAUGUCUGCUGGUUUCGGCCUGCGCGUGCUCCUCAAUACCCCACCAAUUACCACUACCCUCAUCAUCCUCGCUGGCUGGCUUGUGCGGUCUGUUGCUCUCUACUGCCUAAUAUAG